AUGAAGACUUGGCUGAUGAGCACUGGGCUUCCAUAUGUGCAAACGCACUCCACCAUGUUGCUGAACCAUCAGCGACGGGCAAGUUUUGUCACCGACUUUGCCAUCCAAGCACAUCAAGACUUGUGGCUCAGUGGUUCCUUAGAGCAGUCAACAGCAGAGGCCAUGGCAGUUCGUCGACGCGGCAGCUCUAGCGCUGGAGGGCUUCUUGUUGCCUUGACUGCUUCAGCUUUGAUGCGGGAAGGCUUCGUCUGCGGGAGCAAGCCCGAGCACGUUGUGCCGCGGCAAGUCGCGCAGCCCAACAGUCCAAGUCACAGCCGGCGAUUCAUCAUGGUUGCUCUGGCCUUGCUUGCUCGCGCAGAAGGCACUGCUGCAGAAGCAGCCCCCAUCCAGUACAAUGCCCAGCUGGCCGGGGACUUGAGCGAAGCUCAGAAGAAGGACAUCAAAGCAUACCUGGAGCGCCACAGAGAUACUCCAGCAGCCGAUGUGGUUGUGGGGAAGCAUGAGCUGAAGGUCUACGUGAAGCCGACUGCUGAAGAGUUGACACCCGGCAGCCCCGAGUUCAAGGCUCGCGUAGCGAUGGUGCUCCCACAGCUGGGUGACCGACUCGUUGACGCGAAAACGGCUGAGAAGAUGAUUCAGGAGGGAGCGGUCCUUAUCGACGUUCGCACCCGAGAGCAGGUCCUGGAACAGACGGGCGGUGAGCUGCCGAAGGCCGCUACGCUGGUGCCCCUGGAUGACUGGGCGGGACGACUGCCCCCACCGGUGAUGAGAGGCAAGAAGGUGAUCCUCACCUGUUUCCACGGAAACAAGAGCGCGCUGGCGUGGGAGUCGCUGCGCUCCCAGUUCGCUGAUGCCUACGUUCUGGAGGGUGGGGUCAUGGGAUGGAAAGCUGCUGGCAUGUCCACUCGCCGGGUGUAA